GAGAACAGUUGUCUCUUUUUUAUUAUCUAAAACAGAAAUCUUAUACUAAACCUUCAGUUGAUUGUACAGUACAGUAUCAGAUACUCAGCUGAAAAGGUUAUUUGAAGCUUACCCAAGCAGUGUCCCUACGUUCGUCAUAAGAAUGGAGAAUGUAAGCAGUACGAUCGACCUGAACAUAAGCAACGUUUCACAGGCCGAGAUUGAUAGUACGCCACCCUGGUCUACUCCUGUGAUAAAUGUUGACUUUAGCUUAAAGCAGUUUCCUAAGGAAUCCACUCCAGACUAUGUCUAUAAACAGCACUUUGCAGAAAUCCAACACAAUGAUAUGUAUUUAAUUUACAUUUACACUGACGGUUCUAAAUCGGAUGAUUAUGUUGGCUCAGCUUUUGUCUGCCAGGAUGAAAUUGUGGCAGAGCAAAUUUCAUCGAAUUCUUCUAUUUUUACUGCAGAGCUGCAUGCUAUCUACUUAGCCUUAAACUAUGUAAUCAGAAAAGGUCAUUGUCGCUGUGUGAUUUAUACUGACUCAGUUAGUGCACUUCAGGCUUUGAUCUUGUGUGAACCUAGUUCUAACUCUAUAGUGAUUAAAAUUCGUAAAUUGUUUAGCCAUCUUGCAAGGAAUUUCUCUAUAAAAUUUUGUUGGGUUCCAGACCAUGUUGGUAUAAGAGGAAAUGAAGAAGCAGAUGCAGCUGCAAAAUCAGCUAGUCCUCCACGGCACACAAUGCGUAUUGAAGGAGGUGAUUUCAAGCUAGUCAUUAAAAAACGACUAGCAGAGAGAUGGCAAAAUAUGUGGAACGCACAAGUCCACAAUAAACUGCAUGAGAUCAAACCUACGAUAGAAAAUUGGACACACAAGAAAUUUUAUAACAGGAGAUCUGAAGUUAUUAUUACUCGUUUGAGAAUUGGACAUACUCGGUUGACUCAUCAAUACCUUUUGAAGGGUGACGAGCAGCCAGUAUGCCGGUAGGUAGGUAUCCAGAUGUAGUGCGGAUCCUGGUGGUGUAGCCUUCGUACAGAGAGCAUAUUGUAUUAAUGGAGUCCU